GCAUGGGUGGGGGCUGUAAUCAUGGCUUCCAUUAGUUACCAGAUGUCUUUAUCACAAUGUAGAAGAGAAAAUGAACCUCUGUGAAUACAGUCAGAGCAACCACUAGCUAGCAAAGAGGUGGGAUGGGAAAAAAGAACAACUCUUCCUGAUCCGACAGCACUGCAUGCCACGAGACUGGCACUGUGUGGAUCUACUCAAGCCUAUAAUCACACCCCGAGCAGCAGGACGGCAAUCCUGUCCAGAAGCCUGCAGCUCUGCUGUGUACUUUUUGUGUUCUUAAGCAAAGAGACGGAGGGAGAAGUGUAGCAAGAGAAGCAGAAUGACAGAGAAUACAGACAGCUUGGCGUGUGCCGAGUCAGAGCUGGCACAGUGCGAGGCCGAAGUUGGCACAUUGCUCCAAAUCAUAUCUGAGCUUAAUAUGAAGAUGGGUGCUCUGAAAAUCCCACGGGAUCGAAGGGACUAUGAGACCCAGAUUCAAGCCUGUAAGCCAGUUUCAGGGCUGACGUCCAGUCCCCUGGCACCACAGAGCAGCCCAGUGGCUCAUACAGGAACAGCAUCUGUGAAGUCAGUCACCAAGCAAAACUCAGAGGAAGAUGAAGGGUGCAGUGCAGAGCUAUGGACAAAGCUCCAGCAGGUUUUGUCCACUCUAGAGUCAUCUGCCGUCAGAGGGAGAAAGCUGGUCGCUCCUCAUGUUCACCAUGAUGAAAAAGGCCAGGAGGAGGAGCACAUUUCUGCAGCACGUAAUACCUGGGUUCAGGCCACACAAGUAUUAGAAGAAAUGGAGAGGGAGCUUGGAAUCACGUACCCAUCUGCAUUACCCACUAAAGAGCGUCAAAAGUAUCAAAAAGAGGUUCUGUCACUGGAUAAACUCAACCGGAAACUGAGCAGCAGCCUGCAGAAAUAUCAAGCAGAACAGAAGAAAAUGGAAGGAGCCAUCAUGGAGAUGGAGGAGGAGAAGAAAAGACUUCAAGAGAAGUUGGACGAGCUGAAAAACAAAUGGCUGUUUACAGCUAGUUGUUCCCCUCCCAGAAGCCCAUCCUUGUCCUUUAGUAGGACCCCGAGCCCCUGUUGGGCAUCUUCUCCGAUCCCUGCAUCUCCUCUUUUCUCGCGUAGAAUGCCCAUCUCACCCCCUAGCUCUCCGUCCAGGCCGCCAAGACCCAGUUCUGGCAGCUCAGUUCUGGAAACUGAGACGGAGCGUCUCCAGAGGUCCUUGGAGAGACUAAAAGCAAGAAACGAGCGUCUAACAGCAGCUCUAGAGAGAAGGAAGAGCGAGUCAGAGCAGAUCAGCAUGGCUCUGAGCCGCCACGAGGCAGACUGCUCAGCUCUGCACAUGGCCCUCACAUACUGUGAAGAAUGUGAAGAGGCUUGCAGCGAGCUUUUGACCCUGUAUGAAGCCAGGAAACGAGAGUAUGCUGCGUUAGCAGAGCCGUUUACCCAAGAACACACUGGCAGUAUGAAUGCUGCUAAUGAGGAGUCAUCCUGUACAGCACUGACCACCCAGAACAGUUUGUCUGUAGAGGAGUAUGAAGAAAAGACUAGAGUCAUUCAGCAGAGGAUCAGCCGUCUGAAGCAGGACAGGUCAGCAGUGUGUAUUCCUCAGGAAACCAGGACAGGAGAAGGGAAGCUCAGCCCUGAUACAGGAACGCUGGCUGGUGCGAGGAGGCUAAGCUUUCUGUCCUCAAACAACCCCAAAGAAGAGAAAGCAGCGUUACUGCAUGAGCUAGUCAAUGUCAGGGAGGAGAUGUCUGAGCUGCGGGAACUGAUCAGGCUGAAGGAGAAGGAGCGACGCUCUCUAGAGUUUUCUCUGGUGGCCCAUAGGUGUCAUGGCUCAGCUGGGUCUGCCAUGGCACAGAGCCUGCGAGAGGAGCUGGAGGACAGGGGGGCAGAACAACAGAGAACAGAGCAGUAUCGGGCCAUGCUGGAGAGUGGAGAGGUAAAUCCUGGGCCAAGGAAUCAAGCCAUCAUGAGAGAUCUUCAGGCAGUGCUACAAAGGGAGCAGACCCUGAAGAGGAGAAUGACGUCUUUACGAGAGUUGUUGGACGCAGAGAUGUUAGACUGCACCACACAGAGGAGAGUUAACAAGGAGGAAGUCGCCCGCCUCUUGUUCUUUCACAAUAAAGCCAUGAGCGCAUGCAGGAGCGCUCGCAAAAAGCACCACGAGCAGCUGUGGAGGAUCGAGAGACAAAUGACGGCCAUGCAGGAACGUCACGAGUCUCAACUGGCUGAACUGAAGAACACGCUGGAGGCACUGGAGUGGAAGAAGGAGGAGACAGUGCUCUAAAAUACAUUUUAUAAACUAGAAUAUAACUGUAAUAAAGAUACUUGAGCAAAACAUUUCAUGUAACUUAAGUUCAGGGGGCACCUUAGAGCAGGGGAGUUUAUGACGUUGUUUAGGUCACGGUGAAAAGUUUCAUUUAAGCGUCUGAAUGAAAAUACGUUGCUAAAUUAUUUGCAAAGCAAUGCCUUAAGUGUCUUUUAAACCUCUCUGUAUAAACCACCCUAGAGCUAAUGAGUGUCCUUUUUUAUUUUUUUACAAACCAUUCUGUGUUAUUAUUCAAAGCAUAUAAGCUUGUUCAUUUAAAGGUGUCUUUGUGGGAACACUGGGAUGAACAGAUCGCGAGAAAAUGGGAGCAGUGUUUACCAAAGGUCAUGUAUUUUUCUGCAUGCAAAAAAACCACGCUCCCUGCAACGAUCUGGCCCUUCGCUCCAGUCACACAAAAGAUAAAAGACAAAAGAGGCUAAACCUAAAGAGGAUCUCAGCUCAGCCAUUUGUCUCUUCUUUUUACUGAGUCCACCUUUCUCAAGACUGCACGCACCCAACCCCCAGCCUCGGGGCAGUCGGCCGCAGCUGUGAAUGCCAGUCAGAAGGUUGAGGCAAAGGUUGAGUGUCACACCCCCGGGGGUCAAAGGGCGGCCUGUACCGUUGUUGAAGCCUGUGAAUGUAAGGGUUAUGAGGCCAUGCUUAACUGAGACUCUACCCUAAGCUAGAGAUAAAGAAGAUCAGAGGGAUGGAUGACCGAGUCUGCUGCAUGCGCUGCACUGAUCAGCGUAAUGAUAAUGAAUUCUGAGCACAGCAGUUAUUCUUAAGGGGCUAUACGAUGAUAUAAUAUCGAUAUCAUGAUCAAUUCUGUCACCGUGCACUUUUCUGUGAUGUGAUAUCUUUUAAUAUAAUAAACCAAAAUAAUAAUAGAUAUAAACUGA